AUGAUAGCUACACACCCGGAUGUGCGACAGAAAGUUGUAGAUAUAGAUAUAUUGAUUUACUGGGUAAAUUUGAAUAGACUAAAUCUAUGGAUAGACAAAGGAAAUCCAAAGGAAGUCAUAUUUGUCCCCUGUUCAAGAACGAAAGAGUUCUUCAAAGACUGGUUAAAUGUUCUUGAUGAAGUAUUAUUCAUCGCUAUGUGGACUAUUUUCGUUAUUGAUAAAUUAUUUACCGAAAAAUUACUUGAAAAUAUAACAUUUCUUAUUUGUGUAUUGUUGUUUGCAAACCUCAUAUAUUUCGCCGAAUUGCGGGAUCCAACGACCUCUUCGGAUAUGGUUAUUGGCCUUUGGUGGUCUGUCGUUACUAUGACUACAGUUGGAUAUGGUGAUGAGGUACCUAAGUCUGCUCUAGGACGCAUUUUUGCAUCAUUGUGUGCCGUUUCCGGUCUGUUACUUCUCGCUAUGCCAAUUGCUGUAAUUGCCGGAAAACUAUACGAUUAA